AUGGCUUCUUCCAAAACUGCUGUGUUGAUGCUUUUGGUUGCACUGUUGCUGAGUUCCGCCGUUGCUAGAUCAUCCCCCAACUCUUCUCCGUUUCCAUCACCUGCUAUUUCUCCCUCCGCUAACUCCCCUGUGAAUAGUGCUCACUCACCUUCACCGACUGCUUCAUCUGGUUCUCCCGCUGCCCCUCCUGCUGUUACUCCAUCGUCGAUCUCUACCCCUCCUUCAAAAGCACAAUCGCCUGCUAUUUCUCCCUCCACUGACUCACCAGUGGCGUCUCCUCCGGUACCUGUGAAUAGUGCUCCCUCUUCUUCACCGACUGCUUCAUCUGGUUCUCCCGCUGCUGCUCCUGCUUUUGCUCCAUCAUCGAUCCCUACUCCUCAAUCUCAAGCACCAUCGCCUGCGAUUUCUCCCUCAGCUAACUCAUCAACAUCUGCUCCCGUACCUGUGAAGAGCAGUCCUUCUACUUCACCGUCUGCCAUCAACUCUCAGUCAUCUCCUCCUCAAGCUUCCCCCGCAGCCACUCUUGCCAUCACUCCAUCAUUGAUCUCUACCCCUCCUUCAAAAGCACCAUCAACGUCCAUGAACGACGCCGCUUUGAACAGAUUUACCAUUGCCGGAUCUGCUGCUGUCGUGGUUUUCACUGCUGCUUUGAUGAUGUAGAGAGUUAGGUUGAGUUAUUUUUAGCGAUUAGUUUUUAUUUUGUUUUUGACUUAUUUUGUGUUUAAUCACGAAUAUACAUUUUCCAGACUCUUGUUAUUAUGUUUUUUUUUUUU